AUGGCCCGCACACGGAGGGGCGUCAAGUUCCCUCACAAGGCCAACGGUCACGGUGAGGGGCGCCGCUCCAGCUUUAGCGAUGUCAGUGAAGAUGGUUCGCCGACCAAGCAAAGGUCUGGCGCGGCCCUGGACAACAUUGUAGAGAUUCGCAGUCUGCAUCGGCACGGCUUUAGUGCGACUACCAGUGCCAUCAUCAUCAUGGUCAUGACCGCGACGUUGUUCAAUAUGGAGAAAGCUAACCUUUUGCGCCUGCGACAGCAACCUCAAUCACCCGAGGAGGAAAAGCGAGCCGCCUACGAGAAGAAGAAGGCCAACUUCCUGACCCGUACCUUCUGGACCUUUGUCAUGUUCGCUGGCUUCUUCACUGCUCUCUUCAUGGGCCACAUCUACAUCAUCUGCAUCAUGACUGCUAUCCAGAUCAUCUCCUUCAAGGAGGUUAUCGCCAUCGCCAGCGUACCAAGCCGCGCCCGCCAGCUACGCUCCUCCAAGAGCCUCAACUGGUACUGGCUGGCAACCACCAUGUACUUCCUCUACGGCGAGAGCGUCAUCUACUACUUCAAGCACAUCGUCUUGGUUGACAAGGUUCUGCUGCCUUUGGCAACCCACCACCGCUUCAUCAGCUUCAUUCUGUACAUCUUUGGCUUCGUCUUCUUCGUCACUUCUCUCCAGAAUGGUCAUUACAAGUUUCAAUUCACCCAGUUUGCAUGGACGCACAUGGCCCUGUACCUCAUUGUCGUCCAGGCUCACUUCAUUAUGAACAACGUCUUCGAGGGCAUGAUCUGGUUCUUCCUCCCAGCCGCCAUGGUCAUCACAAACGAUAUCUGGGCCUACCUUUGCGGCAUCACCUUUGGCCGCACCCAACUCAUCGCCCUUUCCCCCAAGAAGACCGUUGAGGGUUUUGUCGGCGCUUGGGCCUUCACCAUCUUGUUUGGCAUGCUUCUGACCAACGUCUUGAUGCGCUCCGACUUCUUCUUGUGCCCAGUCAAUGAUCUCGGCGCGAACAUCUUUACUGGUCUUGAGUGUACUCGGAAUCCCGUCUUCAUCCCCAAGACGUACAGCCUGCCUCCUCUGUUCUUCCUGCCACCCAACAUGCACCAGACCUUCUCCUUCACUGUGGCCCCUAUGCAGCUGCACACUUUGGUAUUGGCCACCUUUGCCUCUCUCAUUGCACCUUUUGGCGGUUUCUUCGCUUCUGGGCUCAAGCGCACUUUCAAGAUCAAGGACUUUGGCGACUCCAUUCCGGGACAUGGCGGUAUGACGGAUCGCAUGGAUUGCCAGUUCAUCAUGGGCUUCUUCACCUACAUGUACUACCAUUCCUUUAUUGCUCUUCACAAGGUCAAUCUCGGCAGCGUCAUGGAGAUGGCCGUCACUGGCUUGACUGUCGAAGAGCAGCUCGAGUUGGUGAGGGGCAUGGGUCGCUAUCUUAGUAACCAAGGUGUUUGGGGAGAUGAGAUUAUCCAGUGCCUGGAUAAGGCGUUGCAGGCCAAGCGGUAG